CAAGAGAGAAACCAGUCAAAUAAUUGGGAUAAGGAAAGCGCAUCUUCCACUUAUGCUCAGAUGCAAGACUUUGUUGCCCAACAAGGAAAAAGAAAGAAAAAAUACAUUGGGGAAAGUGUAAAACUAUUCAGAGACAAAGUAGAUGUAAAUGAACACUACUCAACCCAAACCAAAGGAGAAGAUUAUAUAUGCAGAGACAAUGGAAAACAUUCCAAUUGGACUUUCACUCUUUCUCCUAAAAAUGGGUCUCUUACAUCUCAUAAAAGGAUCCACACAGAAGAGAAGCCAUAUAAAUGCAUGGAGUGUGGAAAAAGCUUCUGUCAUAGUGGUUCCCUUACUUACCAUAACAGCAUCCACACAGGGGAGAAACCAUAUAAAUGCGUGGAAUGUGGAAGGAGCUUUAGUAAUAGCAGUCAACUUACUUCCCAUAAAAGGAUCCACACAGGAGAGAAACCAUAUAAAUGCAUGGAGUGUGGAAAGAGCUUUACAAAUAGCAGUGAGCUUACUUCCCAUAAAAGGAUCCACACAGGAGAGAAACCAUAUAAAUGCAUGGAGUGUGGAAAGAGCUUUACAAAUAGCAGUGAGCUUACUUCCCAUAAAAGGAUCCACACAGGAGAGAAACCAUAUAAAUGCAUGGAGUGUGGAAAGAGCUUUACAAAUAGCAGUGAGCUUACUUCCCAUAAAAGGAUCCACACAGGAGAGAAACCAUAUAAAUGCUUGGAGUGUGGAAAGACCUUUAUUCAGAGUGGUCAACUUACUUCCCAUAAAAGGAUCCACACAGGCGAGAAACCAUAUAAAUGCUUGGAGUGUGAAAAGAGUUUUCCUCAUAGUAGUCAACUUACUUCCCACAAAAGGAUCCACACAGGGGAGAAGCCAUAUAAAUGCACUGAGUGUGGAAAGCAUUUCAGCCAACAUAGUACACUUACUACCCAUAAAAGGAUCCACACAGGGGAGAAGCCAUAUAAAUGCACUGAGUGUGGAAAGCAUUUCAGCCAACAUAGUACACUUACUACCCAUAAAAGGAUCCACACAGGGGAGAAGCCAUAUAAAUGCACUGAGUGUGGAAAGCAUUUCAGCCAACAUAGUACACUUACUACCCAUAAAAGGAUCCACACAGGGGAGAAGCCAUAUAAAUGCACUGAGUGUGGAAAGCAUUUCAGCCAACAUAGUACACUUACUACCCAUAAAAGGAUCCACACAGGGGAGAAGCCAUAUAAAUGCACUGAGUGUGGAAAGCAUUUCAGCCAACAUAGUACACUUACUACCCAUAAAAGGAUCCACACAGGGGAGAAGCCAUAUAAAUGCACUGAGUGUGGAAAGCAUUUCAGCCAACAUAGUACACUUACUACCCAUAAAAGGAUCCACACAGGGGAGAAGCCAUAUAAAUGCACUGAGUGUGGAAAGCAUUUCAGCCAACAUAGUACACUUACUACCCAUAAAAGGAUCCACACAGGGGAGAAGCCAUAUAAAUGCACUGAGUGUGGAAAGCAUUUCAGCCAACAAAGUACACUUACUUCUCAUAAAAGGAUCCACACAGGAGAGAAUCCAUAUAAAUGCAUGGAAUGUGGAAAGGGCUUCAGCCAGCACAGAAAUCUUACUUCCCAUAAAAGGAUCCACACAGGAGAGAAGCCGUAUGUGUGCAGAGAGUGUGGAAAGAGCUUCAGUCAUAGUAAUUCCCUUACCUAUCAUAAAAGAAUCCACACAGGGGAGAAACCAUAUAAGUGCAUGGAGUGUGGGAAGAACUUUGCUAAUAGCAGUGAGCUUACUACCCAUAAAAGGAUCCACACAGGGGAGAAGCCAUAUAAAUGCUUGGAGUGUGGAAAGCACUUCAGCCAACAUAGUAUAUUUACUUCCCAUAAAAGGAUCCACACAGGGGAGAAGCCAUAUAAAUGCUUGGAGUGUGGAAAGACCUUUACUCAGAAGGGUACUCUUACUUCCCAUAAAAGGAUCCACACAGGGGAGAAACCAUAUAAAUGCAUGGAAUGUGGAAAGGGCUUCUGCGAAAAUGGGUCACUUACUGUUCAUAAAAGGAUCCACACAGGGGAGAAGCCAUAUAAAUGCAUGGAGUGUGGAAAGCACUUUAGCCAACAUAGUACACUUACUUCCCAUAAAAGAAUCCACAUAGGAGAGAAUCCAAAUAAAUAUGUGGAAUGUGGAAAGAGCUUCAGCAGGUGUAAUGACCUAAUUUCCCAUACACAGAUUCAUUUGGGUGAGAAACCAUGUAAAUUCUAGAUUUAGUUGGUUAAAUCUAUGCAUUUCCUUUUUAUACUUAAAACCCACACUAACCAAGUUCUCCAUUACGAAAGUAACAACCCAACCUCCCAUAAGAGGAGCUGUGUA